CGAAUGUGUGCCGACCUGAGUAUGACGCUGAAAACAGUGAUCUCUCUUCCACUGAAACAGUCUUGAUCAAACCAAGACAAGUAUCUUUCGACACAAUGGCACCACCCAGCUCUCUAUCUAAGGCCAACACCACCUUCUCCCUGGCUCUGCUCAGAAAGCUGAGUGAGGACAGCAAGACUGCAAACAUCUUCUUCUCUCCUUUCAGCAUCUCUUCAGCUCUGGCUAUGGUGAUGCUGGGAGCCAGAGGCAACACAGCCACUCAGAUAUCAGAGUGCUUGAAAACCCAGGAUCGUCCGGAUGAUUUCCACACUCUGUUUGCCAAACUGCUGAGUAAGCUCAACAAGGCAGGAACUCCAUUUGUUCUCAGUGUUGCCAACAGGCUCUUUGUAGAACAGACCUACCACUUCAUUCAGGAGUUUUUAACCCAAACCAGGACUUACUACAACUCAGAGCUGGAGCCAUUGGACUUCAGGACCAGCUGGGAGGAAGCCAGGGUCAAGAUCAACAGCUGGGUGGAGGAGCAGACCCAAGGUAGAAUCAAAGAUAUGGUGGCUAAGGGAACGGUGAAUGAAAUGACCAGGAUGGUCCUGGUUAAUGCCAUCUACUUUAAAGGCACCUGGGAUAAAGCAUUUCCAAGAUGUAGCACCUAUGGAGCUGAGUUUAGACUCAACAAGAAUGAUAAAAAACUUGUGCAGAUGAUGCAACAGAAAACCAACUUCAACCUUGCCUUCAUUUCUGAAAUCAACUGUCAGAUAUUGGAGAUGCCUUACAAAGGGAUGGAGCUGAGCAUGCUCAUCUUUUUACCUAAAGAGAUAGAAGAUGACACAACAGGUCUGCAGAAGCUGGAGAGCCUUCUGACCUAUGAGAAAUUCAUGGAGUGGACUCAAUCAGGUCUGAUGGACAACCGUGAGGUAGAUGUGAUUAUGCCUCGAUUCAAGAUGGAGGAGAUGUAUGACCUGAACAAAAUCCUGAGCAGCAUGGGCAUGGUUGAUGCUUUUGACAUGUCAAAGUGCGACUUCUCUGGAAUAUCAAGAAACAAAGGGCUAUCUUUGUCGAAGGUCUCUCACAAGGCUUUUGUAGAGGUGAACGAGGAGGGAACUGAAGCUGCUGCCGCCACAUCUGGUAUUGUGGCAGAUUUUUGUGGCAGUGUUUCCUUCUUCAUUGCUGACCACCCCUUCCUCUUUUUCAUUCGUCAUAACCCCACCAUGAGUGUUCUCUUUGCUGGACGCUUCUGCUCCCCUGAAUGAGAUCUGUGUCCCUUCCCAGCUCUAAAGGACGGACAGACAUUACCAUAUACUGCCAAGGAUAUGUGCUCAUUAAUCCAAAUAAUAAAAUUCAAGCAAAAUGACAGUGAUGGGGAUAAUAGCAUAUCAACAUAGUGGUAUUCCAUUUAUCACCAGAGAGCAGGGCCAGUGAAUGCUGAGGAGCAUUGUACACAGAGCUCACCAAGGGUGUGUCCAAAUUCAGGGGCUGCAUCCUUCGAUGGCCAAAUUUUAAUGCUGAUUACGUCACAUCGAUGCGCCGAAAGCUGUCCAAAUUCGAAGGCUUCUUCAAGUGCAGCCUUCUUUUUCUCAGAUUUGAAGGACUGGUAUGGCGUAUCCAGGCCAGCUGACAGCUUUGCUAGGACCCGGGACAACGCACACAUGCACAAACACACACCAAAACAAAGUCAAAUUAACUGU